AUAUCAAUAAUUGUAACAACAAAAAUAUUGAAAAAUUGCCAUUAUUAAUCAAUGAAUUUGUUCAAAAAGGAAAUGAUCAUGUUUUUUAUCAAAUUUUUGAUAAUUAUUAUGAUAGAAAACUUUAUUUUUUAUUAACUAAAUACAAUAUUAACGAAUGGCAGAAAAAUUUUGGUAAAUUAAUGUAUAAUAAUGAUGUAAAAAUUUAUAAUGAAAAAAUGAGUUGGCGAAUAGAAAAAGCAACUAUUUUAAAUUUUAACGAAAAAUCAGAAAAAGAAAUUAUCAAUUUACUUAAAACUAAGUUAGAAAAAAUUUCAGUUUAA